CUUUUGUGGCGGCUGGGUAGACAAGUGACCGGAGUGCGUGCCCAAAGGAAUUUCUUUUAGAAUAUUCUACAAAUACAUGUAUAUCACACAACGCAUACAUAUAUACCAGGAUAAAAGGUGAUAAACGCAGUGGGGUAGUCAAAUGGCAAUAUCAGCAGCUAACGCUGCGAUAUGCGUCGCUUCUCGAUUCCCGAAACUUGCUAAUAUUGGACAUGCAAAUCGCUUUCAACCCAUCAAUAUUACCCCUUCAACUUUCAUUUCUUUUCGCAGAUACCCAAUUCUUAGAGUCACUUGCGCUGCCAUCUCAGAUACUGAUCAACUUUCACACGGUACAAUCACCACCGCCAACAACUGCUGGUCAGAGUUCUGUAAAAAUGUGUCCGGAGAAUGGGAUGGAUAUGGUGCAGAAUUUUCAAAAGAAGGCAAACCCAUUGAACUCCCUGAAUCUGUGGUACCCGAGGCUUACAGGGAAUGGGAAGUUAAGGUCUUUGAUUGGCAGACCCAGUGCCCUACUCUUGCAAAUCCCCUGGACUCUACUAUGGUUUACAAAUCCAUUAAACUACUUCCUACUGUUGGAUGCGAGGCUGAUGCUGCAACUCGUUAUAGUAUUGAUGAGAAGAACAUUGGAGGUGUAGAUAACAUGGUUUCUGCCUUUGCGUAUAAAUCUAAUGGCUCCUAUGUGGCUAUCUGGCCAGUUGGUAAGAAUGAUAAAAAUAGAAUAUUGGAACUAGAGCAUUGCUUGAUCAAUCCUCAGGAUCGGGAGUCCCGUCUGAGGGUAAUUCAGGUUGUCCUGAUAGAUGGUUCAAAGAUGUUGUUGCAGAGUAUUAGAGUAUUUUCCGAGCAAUGGUAUGGACCAUAUGGAAAUGGUGACCAGCUUGGUGGAUGUGCUAUCCGGGAUUCCACAUUUGCUUCUACAGCUGCCAUCAAAGCUUCUGAGGUUGUUGGUCUGUGGCAAGGUCCAAAAGCUGUGGCUAAAUUUGAUGCUUCUCAAUCUAAUUUCUUUAAAGAAGUUAUAGACGGUGGAGUACUGAGAUCAGUAAGAGAUGAUAGCAACCUCAUAUUGCUUCCGAAGCAACUAUGGUGUUCACUGAAACGAAGUAAAGAAGCGGAAACCUGCUGUGAGGUUGGGUGGGGGUUUGAUCCUGGAUGUGCUGUUACGUCAAAAUGCAUUUUCUCAAAUGACUUGAAGUUGAAAGAAAUUUCAAUUGGACAAGAAACUGCUGGCUCAGAGGAUGUAUAGUUACUGUUAAUUUGCUUGCAGGUUGUACAAUGUACAAUGAGAGACUAUCUAAAUGUAUAUUUUAUAAUUUAAAUAAACUUAACCAUAGAGCUGGUUGCCAUGUUCUGUAAUCA